AUGGCCGAUCUUCGAGGAUUAAGUUGUUCUGUCUGCUACAACAACUUCAAGUCCGACGAGGUUCAGUUUAUUCCGAGAAAUCUCAUUUGUGGCCACACAUACUGCACAGGUAAAUACUCUUCAUAGUUCAUCCUGUCUUUUAUAAGUUCCUGUUUCAUUUCUGCUCACAAUAUCAAGAAGGGAAUUUCCAGUUUUGCAUAAAAAUACUAUCAAUUUUGUGAAAUCAAGGGGGAGUCGUGCUGUAUAACAUUGUGACUGUCGUGUGUUGAAAUUUGAUACCGUUAUGAAAUGUCUAUCCUCGCGCCUUCGAAAGGCGAUCAACCUCCAAUUUCCUUUUGUGCUGCAAAAUGGAUAAUCAUUUGCCACUGUUCAAAUGGUGUAGGCAUUGUUUUAGAAAACCGGGAAGUAGAAAUAGCCCUCGGUUAAUUUACCUGGAGGAUUAUGCACUAGUCAAUUGCAACCACGAUCCCCAGACCCCCGGGGAAUAGUGGGGAAAUUUACACCAGUAUCCUCGUAACUCAAAGGAUUUACCCCAGGCCCUAGUGACAGAUUCACAUGGUAAUUACCAUUCCCUAAUAAGCUGUCUGUCAACGAACUGCUAUUCAGUUUAAACAUAGGCAUGUUUAACGUGCAUGAGCUAUUUUGAAUUCUUCAGUGUAACCGUACCAAGAAUAAUGAAUUUACUUUUUUCAUCCUAAAUGUUAUUAUAGGCAAGCUAAUUGUGCAAAAUUGGGUAUUGCUGAACAUGAAUGAAUACGUGAAACGCUCAGCUGAGUCAAUCCUCAUGCUGUAUAUUUACCGUCCUCUCUUUCCAUGAUACAUCUGGUGCAAGUUGAAUUUGGUUCAUGCAUCAUAUCCCUCCUCCAUACAAAAACAACAAAAAAAUAUAUGAACUGACACAUUUUAAAAACUUUGAGAUACUGAUCAAAUUGAGUUCAUCAACUCAUGACAGCGAUUCACAUAAUGGUCUACAAAGCAUAGGUUCAAAAAGUUAUUUUUAUGCUUAUGUAUCAAAUGUUCAAAGCCAAAUUUGUUAAUUUUGCCAGCUUCAUAUACCUUUUUGGACAAACACGUAACAACAAUAGAGACACAUUGUGUUCAUGGAUCUAUGCGUUUCCGUUUCGUUUAAAUUUGUUGCAUCAGUUAGUAAUGCUUGGACCGAAACAGCUAUAUCAUAAAAAGCAUAGCCAAGAGAAGGUUGGGAAGCAGUCAGCAACAGAGCGUCAGGUGAACUACUGAGGAGCGCAGUACGGGUCAGUCACAGCAGGACGGAUCUCCAUGAUCCAUGUCUUUUCGCCAAUUUUAGCCAUAAUUAUGCUAAAACUCAGAAUAGUUUCAAUAAAACAAAUUUAUCCUAUCCAAAUUGUUAAUUUUUCAGGAGGUGAGUGGCUGAAUUGCCUUUCAAACUCUGCUAGGUUGCAUCAACAGUUAGCCAGGUCAAAGCCUUCAUGAAAGCUUGACGUCAUCGAUAAUGGUCCACUUACUCCCCACCACUCCCCAUCCCGGGGAUAGACGUGUGUAGCUGUAAAUUUUGGUAAUUUCCCAGGGGCUAGUGCAAGAAAUGAAUGUAAAAUCAACGUAUUUGCCCCACUAUUGCCCCGUAAAACCCCCACUAUCCCCAAAGGUUUGGGGGUCGGGGAUGCAAUUGACUAGUGCAUUAUGCCCUGGGGCCGGUUUCUCAAAAGUCCCGAUAAUUAACGGGCCCCUUAAAGCUGUUGUUGUUUACAUUCAAGAUAGAAGUUUCAAUAGUUUUGCAUCUAACUUGAUAAAACCAUCAGUUAAUGAAACAAAAUGAAGUAUUUUGCUAGCCAGGACCCGUGCUCUUAUUCUUUUUAUUUCAAUUUGAAUAUUUGAAAUUGGGCCUGAAAAGUUAUCGGGACUUUGGAGAAACGGGCCCCUGGGCCAGGUUGUUCAAAGCUGGGUUAAGAUAACCCAUGGUUAGUGCGAACUUUGAUUUCAUAUAUGAAAGCUUAAAAAGCAAAUUCAGUGUAAUUCCUCUUAUCUUCAUUUUGACAUUUGGAUGCUCUAAAAAGAAUAAAGAAAAUGAUAUGAGAAAGUGCUUUUGAAUAUCUGCAUUGAAAAAAUCGAUGUGAAAUGCUGGUUGGUGGAGAUGACAUUAGUAAUGACGUCAUUUCCAUCUUUCACAUGGUUUCAAUGUUUGUUUACAUUCACACUUGUUUCCGCUUUGCGCUGAUUGGUGGAAAUCUGACAGCUCAGUCGACGUGGUGCCACAGGGGAAUUUUGAGGCAAAAUUCAAGUUCCAGAGACAUGGUUGCAAGCUCUCUUUCCUUUUCCUGCCCUGCCCCCAGAGUGCCCCAGAGAGCUUGCUCACAGGCUAAGAACCCCUCUGCAAGCAGAGGCUGCUAGUGGCGUGACAACAGCCCAAUAUUCUAUGUUGACAACAGCCCAAUAUUCUGUUGUAUUUGCAAAAGUUUAAUCACUUGAUUUUUGAGGUCCAGUAGGCAUCAACGUCUUUUGACAAUUUUUAAUCUUUGUACAUAUUUUUGUUAUAUUUCCCUGGAUUUUGGACUGUAAUGCAUAGUUCCUUUUCCUCACUGUGCAUGUACAUUUUGUGAAAGAUUAGCCUCUGCAGGUUGGGUUGCGACUACAUGUAGUCCCUAUGCUAUUCUGUAUCUAAAAUAAUAAACUUUUGAAUAGAUCCCAAAUAUGCUAACCUCUGGAGAUCUAAAAUCUGGAGAUUCUAUCUUUUGCUUUUUCCACCCUGAAAAAUAUCAAUUUAUCCUAUACUGCUUAACCAAAUCAUUGGAAUAAUAUUUCUUUUUGUAAGUAUAGGUAUCUUACAUGUAUCUAAUCCCCAGAGAUGUCUGAAAAGUGCUUUGCUUAGGGUUUACAAAUGUCUGUCAUGAAACCCUUUAAAAAUUUUCAUUUUACUUUCUUAUUUAGCAUGUCUGAACAAGCUAGCAUUUCAAGCACGUAACCCUGGUACAAUCUGCUGUCCCACGUGCAAAACAGAAACACCUCUAUUUCCACGGACAUUUGAGAGUGUCAGAAAUCUGCCAAAAAACUUUGGAGUUCUUGAGAUUCUUGAGAGUAAAGAAGAAGGUCAAACAGAAUCCAUUCAGCAAGAGAAAGAGAAGAACAAAUACCUUUGUCCAGAACAUGAUGAAGCACUAAAAGUCUAUUGUUACACAUGCAACUGUUUAAUCUGCAUUUACUGCCAGGUUCUUAUAUUUGUGUGUUUGGUAAAUUAAGUGUUAAUUGCUUUAAGUUGUCAUUGCACAAUAUGUGACAAUAACCCACAUAUAUUUUCUUCGCAAGGCCUUUUAGACUAGGUCACUGUUAUAGUUAGACGAACAAGAAAUGUUGUUGGACACACAUUAUAGUGACUCUUAAUUUCUUUAAUCACUAUACAAAUGUUUGUUCUUCCUGGUUAUCACGUUCAAUAGCAAGGGGGAUUUCACCAGACAUUUGCAAAAUUUUAGCUGCACAUUUUCUUCAGAUGAAUGUUAUUUGCAGCUCUACAUGCACUUGCUUGAAUCUAAACAUGAAAAUUAAUUUAAUCAUGUGAGAUUACUGACAGACACUUAUAUAAUUACUAUAAUUACAUAAAUGAUUAUAUAAAUAAUAUGAUAAUUAAUGCAUAGUUAAUACAAAGUUAGUAAAUUUAAUAAUAUACUGUAUGAUACACUCUUUUUAGGUAUAUGGAAAACAUGCAGGCCAUCGGUGUGAGCUGGCUACUGAUAUUGUCACAACAACUCGAGAAGAGCUUCGCAGCUGGUCUAAGAAAUUAGCUGACAACUAUGACUUAAUUAAAAAGUCAAGGAAAAAAGUCAUUGAUACCAAAGACUCCAUUGUAACCACACAGCAGUACUUACGGAACAGGAUCAUGAAACACAUGGGAGUGUUAAAUGCCUGUAUGAGGCGUCGUGAAGUGAUUUUAAAGUGCGAUGUUGAUGACAGAACCAAGAGCAAGUUGGAGCUACUUGAUGCUCAAGAGAGGUAUGAGUUUGUAACAGAAAGAUGUUUUAGUAACUUGGUUUCUUUAAUUAUCAAGUUUAACCUUUGUGAGGAGGCAGAUUAAACCCUUGUGAGGAGGGUAUUUGGUGUCUGGAGUCCAUGAAGGUGCCAGCUGUUGGGAGGGCAACUGCAUCAGAGUGAAGCCAAUGACUUCAGGCCAAUAUAAACAGUCCCUUCUCCCCAUUCCAGGACAGACCACACCCUGCUAGGGGGUGUUCUGUUUCAACAGCAGUGUGGGUUCUUUUACAAUGUACACUCCCUUGGAAUUGAUAAGAAGGUUUAUGGAGCUAUAGGCUGUUCACAGUGCCCUAUUUUUCUUUAAGAUUAUCAAGAUUAAGCACUUUGCAUUAGGGCGGCCUUUGUGGUUUCAAACGUUUUGAGUUUAGCCUCGAGGUGAGUAUCAAAUCUACAUAGGGGCAAAAAACCUGAUGCCCCCUUGUAUGAAACCAAGAUGGUCCCCCCUACCGUUAAGGGCUCGAUCCUGACAAUCUUAAGAAAAAAUAGGGGACUAUGACCAGUCUAAAGGAGACAAAAACAACAGCUUAAUGUCACUGUGCAUGCAAUGGCAUGAUCAUCUAAGCUGAGACAAAGUUGCAAAUCACAGCUUGCAUGAUUUCACCAGUUUUUUAAAGAACCACAGUUGGUUGUCCUGCUGAGUUUUGAGCUCCCAAUCAGCAGACCAGUUCUCUUUAGCCGAGGUAACUGGGUGGCAGUUUAAAGACAAGUAUUUAACAAGCCUACAUGUAGCUGCACCCUCCCCAUGAAGAUAGCCUGCAUAGCCAGAUUGUUACUUAGCACAAGCAAAGUUUUGGUUUUGGUUUGGGGAGGAGAGGCUUUGAAAUCCCACCAGCCCAAAGACUAUGUUUUUUUAAAUGGUUUGGUCACUGCACAGACAAAAAUGUUUGAUUGGCUGAGAAUAAAACACAUGAAUCAAAUGCUUUUUAAGAGCCAACAUGUCUCCCAUGGGAAACAAAACCAAUCAUAACAUUUCUUAAUUGCUAUGUUUUACCCAAGAUGUUACUGUAUUUAAAACGUAUUCACAGUAAAAUGUCAGCCACUGUUGAUCGAGGACAGCUUAUGGAAAGCUCAAAGAGAAGGCAAAAGUUUGCUAAAAAAAAGAGUAGUAAGCGGUUACUAACGAAGUGCCAUCUGGCAAUCAUCUAUUUGCUGCCGGCUGCCAACUGGUUUUUGUAAAAUUACCAUAAUCAAGAUCUUCACUUUGGUGAGGAAAGAAAUUGUGUCUGAGAAUACUUGUACUAUCACUGUUUGACCUUUGAAAAUUAAUCUCAUUAUAUAUGGAUGACCAAAUAGCCAAAGUGAGUCAUUAAAUUAGAAAGCUAUGGAACUAUCAAGUGUCAAAUCUGAUGCAGUUUCUUUAUUGUCAAUAACAUCAGAAACAAGUUCUUUGUCAAAACAUAUGGUGAAUGGCGAUAAUGGCAGCUUUGCUGCCAAAACUCUUACACAGGCAAAAAAAAAAAACAAUUCCGCCAGCUACCCAUGCUAACCUGAAGAAGGAAAAUGGCACCAUUUUUUCUUCUUGUGGAGGAGGUCGUGGCUACAUGUAGGCUGUUAUUCGACAUUGUGGGGGGAACGUUUGCAAAGCUAUACUAAACUGUUAUUGCCAAAAGGUUUGUUAGGCCAUGUGUGUUUUUGGUAAUUUUUGUCUCUUUUUUGUUCUUUUAGUCUAAUGUCAGACAUUGUUAACAAGUGUGAGGAAGCUUACAACUUGAUCCAAAGGUGUCAAAACAAUGAAAGUGCUUUGGUUGAAGAAAAGAUUAACGUUCGUCGACUCACCGAUGACGUGUCAGCUUUGUUAACCAAAUGUGAGCUGGAGCCUGUUGAAACAAACAACCUCACUUACUAUUUUGAAUACGAUAUUCAAUACACCCUGGAAAAUACCAUUGGGGAAAUAAGAUUACUAAAGCCAGGCCAGAAAGGUUGGUUUAUAUAGUGUUUUUGCAUGUUAUACAUUUUCAAGGUUAGUGAAUUAAUUUUGUAAAAAGAUAGGGAAAUUUUUUUAUCUGAAAGGACUCCUAGGAAUUUUAUUCUCAGGCUGCCACAGGGUUUGUGAAGAUUAUUUUUAGAAAAAUAUUUCGUAGUUGUCUGAUUUUGAUAGUCCAGAAUCUGUCCAUGAAAAAAUGCAAAGAGAUCAAAACGGUAGCUUAGAAUCUCAGUAUGUUAUUAGUAAAGAAGCAGAAAUGCAAUACAAGGUCAGUCAAGAUCAUUAAUACAUGUAUGUCACUCAGGUGCGAAUAGACAGUGAUUGUUUUGUUGUUCCUGUGAGUAGCAAGGCUGUACAUGUAAUUUGUACUGGUUACUAUAAAAACCCUGAACCAGGCUCUGCACUGGGGGAAAAAGGUGAAAGAAACUGACAAGCAAAGUGAACCAAAGAAGGAGUCUGAAGGAUAUGAACUCUUUCCUCUCUUCCCUUGUCCAUUGCUCACCUCGCUUCUUUUUUUGUUGUUUUUUGCUGUUUUACCCUGUUUUUGCCUUUUUCCCCACUACAGAGCCUCGUCCCAGACUGGUUACUGUCUUAUUAUACAGCUACUACAAACAUAGACUUUGAUAUACUUAUAGGAAGUAUUAAUUUUGUCACUUUUUAUGUCUUUUUGUAAUUGUAGAGGAGCCUUUAGCAGGACUUAACAAACAUGAACUAUCUUUAAAGAAAGAAACUAAAGAAGCAAGUUCACAAACAGAUUAUUUUCAUGGAGGUGACUCGGAUGGGGAGCAUCCUUUGUUUGAAAGCUUAUUACACGGACUACAAGAAAUAGUUCAAACUGGACUAACGCCGCCCACCCAGUCCUGGGAGAACAGCCCAGCACUAGAGUUACAUGUGCAUGAAACAGACAGUUCUGAAAGCAGUAGCUCAGAGUCUCAUGACGAGGAAAUAGGUCAUUGUUGAAAUCAAUAGUAUUGUUACUGGGCCUCUUUUUUAAUUAUUGCUUGCAACCAUAAGCAAGGCAGCUUACUCACUCCUGAAUAUCUAUUUUUCACUCCACUUAUUUACUUCCACAAUGGUCCGAAUACUUGUUGACGCUGCACCAAAGUAUGGCACUGAACCUAUGCAAUAAUUUUUUGGUGAGGCUCCACUUUCAAGCUAGGGGAGGCACAUCUUCACUCCAUCACAGAAAUCAUACCAAAAUCACUGUUCUGUGGGUAAACAGAAGCCCUAUCCGGUAUGAUUUUCAUGGCAGUGCAAAAGCUAUCGGGUAUGGUGUGAAAAUAGCCUCACUCGAAUAUGUAUGAGGUCGAUUUUGCAUACUUUCUGUUGACUUUUACUGGUGUAUCUCCAAUUAAUAUGUCAAAGUGUGACUAACAGGAGCGGAUCCAGGAUUUUUUUUCAGGAGGGGGUGCACUCGUCUCUUGCUCUACUUCAACACCAAUAAACCACAUAGUUUCUUUUUUGCAGAAUACCAGUUGUAUUAUAAAACCGCAGGUCAUCUCGGGGGGGGGGGGAUGCGCACCCCCUGCACCCUCCCCCUAGAUCCGCCCUUGACUAAUGACAUUGUCUUGAAUUUUAUAAGAAUGAGAGAUACCAAUUGCUUUGCAUCUGAUGUUAUUGUUUUAUUUUCUGGCAUAGCUUAAGCGUAUUUAAAUAAGAAUGUGUGGCAAAUCAUCUUAUUUUCAUUAUGUUUUCGGUAGAUGAUGUGUCAGAACAUUCAGACAUUGUUGAUAAUGAGGAAGUAGAUGGUGUCAGUGUAGGUGAUGAAGAUAUUGAUGAAGAACUUGAGGGAGCCGUGGGAGGAGCCAUGUUAUUUUCUACUCCAGAAAGACAGGAAUCGCAAGAAUCACCCAACCCGGAAAGGAACCAAACAAGCUUAUUGGAUGAGCUACAGAAAGAAAUAGACAGGCUACACUUACUUAACCCCGGAGGUAUGUUUCUUCACUCGAGGCAGUACACCACUUUAUCAGAAUUACCUUGACCCUUUUUGCUUUUAUUGAAAUUCAAAUUCCUUCAAGUCCCAGAGGGUGGAGAGGGGUAUGGGACUUGGAUACCCCCAUAGGAGAGUGAGUUCAGUGGAACCCCACUCUACGCUGAUCCAUCCAUAACGGACAUUUCAUUUUCCCCGACAAAAAGUUACCUGUGCAUUGUCUAUUUAUUUUGUGACAAUCGUGCUAAUUGCAGACAUUGUACUCAGUCAAAAUGAUGACAGAUUUCCAUCAGUUCAUUCGAUAUUGUUACUUAAAAACAGUAGCAAAAUAGCGUAACAUGUUUGAAGUCCGUCUUUUUUCCCGUGGUUGACCCUUGUAAUGAAGUCCUUAAACAACGGUUUUUGCCUUCUACUUUACAAGUUUGACUUCCUUGGCAUUAUGUAGCAGUCUUUGGUCCUACCUGUCUUCCUCUUUGCCUGUUUUAGUCUUAAUAUCAACAAAUCAUGUGUCCAAGAGGUUUUUUUCUGAGAGCCCGCUAAAAUAUUGACACCCAGAUAAUAUGGACAUUAUGGCGUGCCCCCUCGAAGCCCGUAUUAACUGGGUUCCUCUGUAUUUCAUAAUAAAUGGCACCUACUUUGAAAGAAUUUGGCACAUACAUAGUUAUAACUUUUUACAAGAAAACGCUAAGAUGUGGUUUAACUUUUCGUCCUCCUGUACAUCGUAAAGAUGAGGUUGAAGGUGCAAACCUUAAGUUGUAUUUAGGAUUAUAUGCUGGCACUCAUAGAUUAUGCAGACAGUGCACUUAUUCUCCCAAGGCUCCAUUUCUAAGCUUUUAAAGACACUAGAAAAGAACACUUAAAAAUGUAUUGUCCAGUUUGCACCCAAGUUACAUUGAUCUUCUAGUGAGAACCUUGACACACUUCUAUUUUAAAUGAGAAAUGCCACAAUAAUCAUGGUACCUUUUGCGAGGUAAGGUCCUUCUAGUAGGAACCGUUUUAGGCGCCAGAUCUUAAUUGAUUACCGUAAGAAUUGUUGAACUGCUUUUAAGAUAUUGAGCCAGAAUGACCUGUACCAUGUUGAACAGAAUUUGCAUUUCCAAGCGAAAUCAUUUUAUUACAAAAAUAAUUCUAUAACAAAUGUUAUUCUAGCAGGUGAUUUGUUUGGUGAAGAUGUUCUUUUGUUCACACUUCAGGUGAGGUUGUUUCCUUGGUUGACGAAUCACCUGAAGGAAAUACUGCAUCUCCUGGUUCAGAAGGUAUGAACUUAGGCACGAUGAUGAUUACUUUUGUCCCUUUAAGCUUUGAUCUACACCGUGUUACAUGCCAGGGGUUACUGCACAGGGAUUCAACCCCUUCCUUUUCACAUUGUUGCCACUGUCACUUCUUAAAAUUAAUUUUAUAACACAAAGACGGAUGAAUAAAAAGUAAAAUGUCAUAUCCUGUGUAUUGUUGGUACAACUAGGCAGAUGGGAAACGCUAUCUGUGUAUUGUAACUUCUACUUGUACUGAUGCAUAAUAUUUGUUCAUCGCCAAAGAGGAACGGUCUUUCUGAUACCAAUUAUGCCCUCUUUGAAACUGUGCUGGUACAACUUUUGUAUUCAUUCUUUGCAACAAUGUGAAAAUUAAAUCAUGGGCUUUCACGUUGUAUUUUUCAGUUGAGGUUGCUGAUGGACCGAGCCUACCAAGAGAACCUGAAGAGCCCGAUUCUCUGCCACUAAUCCGAACCUACCCCCCGUCAGGACACCAACCCCUUAGUUUACCUUGCUUUGCAUCCCUCCCUGGACAGUCCGCUGUGACCACUGACAGCUUCAGCCGCGAGUUGACACGUAGGGGCAGAAAUAAGUGCUCUGUAGUAAACUGUCGGAACCCAGCCUCGUUAUCCCACCUGAAGUGCAAGCACUGUUGCCGUACCUUCUGUCUAUCGUGUUCUGUUCAAUUAUCUCCUUGCCCAAAAAAUCGGCUUGGUUCGCAUAGUUUUGUGCCAAACUUUUCCAAAACGCAUCUGCCAAGGUCACCGAAGAAGAGAGUGGAGGUAAAGAAGGCGCCCAAAGAAGAGGUGUUCCCCUGGGAGUGCAAGCGUUGUACUAUGUUGAACGGGCCCCAAGUCUUAGUGUGCCUUGGAUGUGAGGCACUGCGAGAGACUGAGGCCCAGGAAGGGCGCAACGUAUGUCCCAUGUGUACCCUGGUUAAUGAGCCCGGCAAAACCAAAUGUGAGCUCUGUGAAACAUUGCUGGUCAAACAGGAAGAACAAAGUUCACCUGAUGACUAAAAACAAGUCUGUUGUGAAAGUGUGAUAAUAAUUUGUGAUAAAUAGAGAAAACGUUUUGAUUGCUUCCGCUCAGGGCGCUUUCUAAUGGUGUGUCUCUUACACUUUUCUCUGUUUUCGAUGUUGCUUAAAGGGGCUAUGACACAAGCUAUAUGCUAUCUUUAAAAAAAGAAAAACUAAAACGUGUCUUUGCACCAAUUAAAUUCCAAAAGUAAUGGUCCAGUUUUCUUAUUCAAGGCCACAUUGUGGCAUUGAAACUGUUUCCUGUCUUGUGUUGCAAGGGAUGGCAAAGAUGGAAAUGGAUUGUAACUUGAAAAUGUUGGGCAAACCUUUUCAACUUUUAAUGUUAUGUCUGCUAAUGUCACCAAAUAAAUUAUUUUAGUUCGUGUCGUCCGAGGAAAUCUUAUGAUAUCUCAUAAGUCUGCAGCAACAUUUUUUGUAUGGUGAUGACUUUGACCUAAAACAGCAGUAUCCUCGUAACGUAGCCCCUUAACCCUUUAAGCCCCAAUAUUCACAUACAAAUUCUCCAAACUGGUGUCUAUACACUUCUAUAAAGAAUAAGUUGAGAGAAUUUGAUAAGAGAUCAAAGCCUUUUCCUUCAGGUGAUUAUUGUAUUAAUUCUCACAACCUAUUUUCUUGAUUGUGUAUUGAUAUUGUUAAGGAGAAAAUUGAUGUUUGUCACUCUUGGGAGUUAAAGGGCUAACGCUGUUCGUUUGAAGUUAAUUCCAGAAGAAACGCUAAGGGUGUGUAGUCUGUCUAUUUAUUUUUGUAGUUUACCGGUACCAUUCUGUAGUUUGAAUUAAGGUUUUGUACUUUUUUUAAAGGAUUGUUUAGGCUUACGUCCUGGCUUACGUUUGUUUCUUUUAGUUUUGUGGAAACUUUGCCAACUCCUUUAUUGUUGGAAUACCCUGUAAAGAAAUCCAUGUAUAAUAAUAGCCUGUGUAAAUAUGUAGUUAAAACUUUUCCAGAUGGUUUGUAUAGCCUGCGUAGCAACUUUCUCGACGAACUCGCGCGGAAACGCUUGCUACGUGGUUUGACAGUCCUUGUAACUUACGAACAGUCUUUAGGUAAAGUAAAAAUGCCG